AUGGCUGAUCCUCGUAUUAAGACACUAAAGAUCAAAACCGGAGUAGUGAAAAGAUUAACAAAAGAGAAACUUAUGUAUAUACUAGAAACAGAACAACAACAGGAAAAGGUUGAGAAAUUGAAAAAGGCUGGAAUUGAUGAGAAUACUUUUAAGAAGCAAGAAGAAGUACUUAGGGAGUCACAGAUGAUGAUCCCAGACACUCAAAGAAGAUUAAAAGCUGCAUUUGAAGAUUUGAAGAGUGUUAUAGCUGAUUGUGAAGAACUAAAAGAAGAACAAGAUUAUUUAAACGCUCAAAAGUUUUUAGCUGAAGCUGAAAAAGAAAUUAAUUAA